CACUGUUGGGUUGGGAACCACUGCUAUAAUGUACUAUGUUAUCAAGUAAUAAUAAAACAAAGUAUCAAAGCAUCAAGGAAUGAUUUUAUUUUCACUGUAAGUAUUCAUUUUCUACAUUCUGUGACAUAGCCACGUGAGCGCGUGGUCGGACCCGCACUGAGAAUGUCGGGAAGCUGAGUAUUCCAGAGCAAGGUGUGGCUUUGUGGAGUUGUAUGGUACACACAUUCCACGCGAAAAGAGUCUGUCUAGAAACGGGAAAUCUGCCACAGAUCCAUGGUAACGUUUCAGGCGGAGGCGAAUAUAAACCUCUGUCGGGUUUGGGAAACCCUGGUGCCCGUUCAGACAUCCCCGACCUCAAGCUCGAGCAACUCGCGCCGUUCUCUCAUUCUUCUCUUUCUUUGCUCCUCAGUAGAACCUUCCCCCACCCCCUUCCUCUGCGUCACUCGAGGAUUGUCAGGGCUGUGAUUGACCAAACGCAGGGACUCCACCUCUUCCAUUGGUCCCUCGAUACGUCAAUCACGGUCACUUUAGUGACUAGUGUGGGAGUUCCCUGGAGUCGGAGAUGGAAGGAAAAAGGCUUUUAUCAGGCGGAAUGAAGGUGAAAUGUGUCAGGCAGAUGGGAAAUGCUAUUUUUUAGCCAGAUCUCCCACCCCUACAAGUAUGUCUUAUGGAACUGAAAAAGACCACAUAACCUGAAAACUGCAUUACAGGAGGAUCUCAUUCCUCGAUGGUAAGGAUGCUCACUCCGUCCUGAAGCGUUUCCCCCGAGCCAAUGGCUUCUUGGAGGAGUUGAGACAGGGAAACAUUGAGAGGGAGUGUGGUGAAGAGAGCUGCAGUUUUGAAGAGGCCAAUGAAGUGUUUGAAAACAAAGAGAGAACGAUGGAGUUUUGGAAAACUCGCAGCGUCUACACAGUGAGCAGCAACAGCGAGGAUCGCUCUGAGCGUGCCGACACCGUCUACAUGGUGGUUCCUCUGCUGGGUGUGGCCCUGCUUAUCAUCAUCGGCCUCUUCCUCCUUUGGAGGUGCCAGCUUCAGAAGGCCACUCGGCGGCGGCCAGCCUACACCCAGAACCGCUACUUGGCCAACAACCGCAGCACCCGCAGCUUGCCACGCAUUCUGGUUCAUCGGGAAACUGCAAUGCACAACGAAGGCUCGCACCAGGAGUCCAGCCCACAUCCAACUGUGGUAGUGAGUGGUGCUGAGAGAGGAGGUUCCCAGUCUGACUCCCAUGCCCUCCACCAGCAGAACACUCAUGCCCUCUAUGUUCAGGACUCCUCCCUAUCAGUGGCCUCACGGCUGUCUGGUGCCACACCACCUCCAUCUUAUGAAGAGGUGACGGGACAGCUGGAGAGCAGUGGUGAUGAGACCACAGCACCUUCAUACAGUGACCCUCCACCCAAAUAUGAGGAGAUCAUAAAGGAGAAAUGAAACAGAGGCAAAAAUAAUGCUGCCAUGACUUUUUCACCCCCACUGUAUCUGAAAGAGGUCAAGGCUGGCAAAAAAGCAGUUGCUGCCUCAGUGAUGUUGGCUGGUUGUAAUUCCAUGUUCACAUUGUUGUCAAAUACUUAAUUUCUCUGGUCUUCAUUUUACUUUGGCAAACUUUGAAUUGCAGACUUUGUCCCUGCUGCAGCCAUAGUGGGGACUAAAUGUACAACAAGGUGCGAGGAGAGGAUUUGGAAAGCAGGACUCUCACUAAUCCACGGACUAGAAAAGCAGGCAGCUCUCAGUGCACAGUGUCACUGUGGGAUCGAAGCACCAUGCUGCAGCUGGGCUGGACGGUCACUGUGACUGUAAGGUAUCCUUUCCAACUGAGCGUCCUCUCUGUCAGUGUACAUAUACUACAGUAUGAAAACUGUAUCUACAUACGCAAAGUGGAAGUAUUGGGACUGAGCCAAAGUUAUUGUUUAGUUGGAUGAUCUCAUGCUUUCUUGUUGUUUUAGGUCAUUUACAAGUUUGGUUUUCACAGUUAGAGUAAGAAGUGAAGCACAUAUGUAGGCAUGAUUAAAAAGCACUUAGAACAUCUAAACUUUAAAGGAAAGACCCAUAAUCAACAGCCAGUUGGGCUCAGGGUCAUCUUUUAUGCUAAGUCUGUGUUCCACUUUAGAUAAUUCAACUGCGAACAAGACUUCCUAAUACUUGCGCUAGUGACUGUAUCUCUAUUAUUGUUUUCAGACCACCUCCACACACCAGCUGCUCACUUGCUGUAAGAGCAAAUCCCUGCAUUUAUGGUUCCAUUUCACUAACUCCUCCAACCAGACGGUUUCCCUUAUGUGGACAGUCAUUUAGCUGUCAUGGACCUCAGACAGGACAGGUUGCUGAGAAAAUGCCUCUGGAAUAAACGGGUGUGGGCCAUGGCCUUACGGUGUUGACAGAGGGGACAGAAGACUGUUGCCAAGUACUCUGUUUAGUGCUUCAGGACUGAUUCUCAUGAGGUCACCAAGGUCUUAAUUAGUAAUAAUUUCCUCAGCACUGUACCAUACAGAGGCAAGUUUAAUUAUUGCCAAAUGUACUUGUCUUAACACUUACCAUACGUGCUACUUGACCACUAGUCUUACCAUCUACCUGUGGACCAAACUGAUAUCUACUGUGUACAGGCCAGUCUCCCGCUGCAGUUUAUGCUGGGGGCUUGGUAUUAAUACGUUAAAACCAAUAAUUUUUCUAUCCAAAAUUCCCAAUUCUUGUGUAUUUGUUGGUCUGGGUUAGUAAAUCUAUUGCUGAAACGGUUAGGUGAUUAGUUAAUCAACAAAAACAUUUACUAUACUUAUUAUAAUCAAUAUAUGAAUUAGGUCAUUUGUUAAGCAAAACUGCACUUCCAACACUUCCAACUUUUCAAUUUUUUCUGAGGACUUGGUUUUAUAUGGUUGUAAACUGAAUAUCUUUGGGUUUUUGGACUGUUGGUCCAUAGAGUCAUUUAUAAUGAAAUCAGUAGUUGCGAUGCAACCAUAAAUACAUCUUUCUGCCCUCUAAAGCCAAACAGGAGUAUUAAACUAAGUGGACCUAGGAGGCAGUCUGACACAAGAAGAAGAAUCAAUAUAAUUUUAUUACAAUGCCAAAACCUUCAUAUGCUUCUCUUGAUGUGACUUUUCUGGUAGUGCCAUAAAAUACAGGACAAGUAGAACUGCUGCAAAACUUAGGACAAGCAUAUAUGAGCCUGUUUUGUGGCAAAUCAAGAGAAGACGUAAUUCUCUACCAAGAUAAUCCAAAUACGCACUAACACAUACAUUCACACAUGCACAGUCACAAUUCUGUGUAUGUACAAUGUGUAUUUGAAUGCAUGUACUGUAUGUGAAUAGAUAAACACAUACACAUUCAAAGACAUUCACACCGCAGGCACAAGCGACCCAAAUCUGAUUUCUUUGCUUAUAUGUGACUCAGAUCAUUUUUUUUCCUGACAGUGUGAACAGCACAAAUCACAUGGAAUCUAUUCUUUUCAAUUCUGAUUCAGGCCACUUUCAUAUGUGGUACAAAUCAGAUACAGGUUGAUUUUUUGCAAUGCAACCUCAGUGUGAAUAGUCUUAUCAGAGUCUGUGCGACUUUUAUGUCACUCUUGAUCUACAUCCGUUGUGCGGGUCACUUCAGGACCGUGACCUGUUCACACUGGAAUCUGCCACAUUUAACAAAUAAUGUAAACAGCCAAACAAAAAAUAUCCGAUUUGAGCAAUAACUCAGAAUUGACCACUAAGGCCUGCGGUGUGAACAUAGCCAAACAGCACAAUCCUAGUGACUCAGUAUAAGAUAAGAUAAGGAAACCUUUAUUUGUCCCACAAUGGGAAAUUGCAGUUUGCGAACAGCAUACAGAAAAAGGACAGGAUAAAAAAUAACAAGAGCAGGAAUAAAAAAAUAAACAAGAGCAAA